AUGGGUCGGGAAAGCCAUGAUCCUACCUCCUUUCACUCUUCCAUUGCUCUUCUACAAGAGAGGUUUAGACAAUUGCAGAGAGUAAAACAAAUGAGGGAGGAGAGGGAGCUCCAGAAGAUGCUCAAUGAACCUAAGCAAUUCACUUCCAACUCCACUCUCACUUAUCACAAUUCCAACACUUGCUCCAUUCUCUCUCACCCUGAAUUCAUCAUGCCAUCCACCUCACCACCCCACGUUUCUCUCUCCCUCUGGCCAUCUUCUCAGUCCAAGCAAGACGACUAUGCAAGUGCUCCUACCCCGGUCUCAACCCACUCACAGUCCCUCCAGCUUUCAUGGAAGAACGUCUAUGAUUCUGACUCUGGCGCUGAUUCUGGUGUUGACACUUCUCUUCACCUGUGA